AUGCUGCGCACCCCGAGGUGCUCCCGCUGCAGGAACCACGGCUUCCUGGUGCCCAUCAAGGGCCACGCGGGCAAGUGUCGCUGGAAGCAGUGCGUGUGCGACAAAUGCUACCUGAUCACCGAGCGCCAGAAGAUCAUGGCCGAGCAGAAGAUCCUCAGGAAGCAAAGCCCCGAAGAGGAGCCCCGGGACCUGGCCUCCGGCCCGCACCGAUUGUCCCCCACGGAGGUCUCCGAGGCCUCGGCGGCGGCGGCGGCGGCUGCUGCGCCCACCGGCUCGGGCCUGUGCCCUCGAGCCGCUGCCCAGGGCCGUGCCACGUGCGGCGGCUUCCUGCAAAGGCCACCGCGAAGCCGCAGCCCCGGACCCAGCGCUUUCCAGCCGGUCCCCGCGGCGGCGGCGGCUGCGCACGGCCAUGACCACCGCGUGGACCACAGCGCAACCUGGAUGCCCACUCCACGCCCGGGCCCCGAGAAGCUCCGGCCGCUGCGACCCGUGCCCAGGUUGCCCUUCGCUGGUGGUAGAGACUUCGGACAACCUGCUGAUUAUGUGGCAGGAGCUGGAUACCCCAGGAGAGAGCCUUCGAAGCAGUGCACUGCCUGUCCCACCACGCGCUCACACCACCCAUUCCCACGGGACCACCAGAAUGCAUCCCCGGCCCCGGGGAUCCCCCCUCAGAGGGGCUUCCGGCACGUCGUUUCCUGCCGCUGCUGCCAUGGGGGAGGCUUGGUGGCAGAGCCAGUUGGAGACUUCCAGCCAAGCUUCGACUCGCCACCACCAUUGACACCAUCACCUCCACCGCCACCACCACCUCCACCACCGCCCCCACCGCCUCCGCCACCUCCACCGUCGCCAACCCAGCAACCCCAGUUCCUCCCGCCAGGAUUCCUGUCUGCGCUGUACUUCCUUCCCCCGCCGCCGCCUCCGCCGUCGCCACCUCCUUUCUCGCUGGCCAUCCUGCCUGAUGCAGACAAGGGGAACACCGAUGACCAGGAUGUGGAGGUGCCUAAGCCCUUGACUCCGGAGCAGUCCGACUAA